UUCAUCUUCUCUUUCCCCCACUUUGUUCUUCUUCUCUGUUUUCUUCGCCGGAGUCCGAAUUUAGGGUUUCUCUGCCGCCGUCCCCGCCGCUGCAUCUUCUCGCUGUAGAGUGAAGGCCUUUCGGAGGUUUCAGAUCAAAGGCAAUUACUUGUUUGUUCGGAGAAAAGAUGGAGGUAUUUGGAAAAUCCCCUGUGGUUGGCUCUGCAAACGUUAUUUACUUGUCUGCCAUUCUGGGUCGAGCUGGAUCCAUCCCGGGUCACAAAUGUGACUGGAAAUGUGAGAAUGAGAAUGUUUGUGGGAAUAUGUAUCGCUGCAAACUAACAGGGCUGACUCAUGUCUGCGACAAGAAUUGCAACCAGCGAAUUCUGUAUGAUAACCAUAGCUCAUUGUGCCGAGCCAGUGGCCGAAUUUUCCCUCUCUCGCCAGCUGAAGAGCAGGCAGUUAAAGGGAUUCGGAGGAAGCUGGAUGUCGAGAGUCACCCCUCUGAGAGCUGCUCAUUUAAGCGUCGUCGACAUGAUGCACAGUUCCAUUCUUCUCCUUUCGAGAGGUCAUUUUCUGCGGCCAGUCCGAUUUGCAGCCAGGCUGGAGAUGGAAUGGACAUGAGCUAGAUUUAUGUUGAUUUGCUUUACAUCAGAGAGGCUCUUCCUUACCAUGCAGAAUAACUUCCUCUCUCUUUUUUUAGAGACAUUAUGUGACUGCUCUAACAGGGGUUGUAGUAUCCUGCCUGUCUGAAGGAGUGUUUUAUGCUAGUGUUGUCGAACUUUAUGUCGUAGUUAUGUAGGGUGGACAUAUUAUCUUUAUCAUUCUGCUACUUAAUUUCGGACAUUUCUGUUAUCAUGUUAGGUAAAGUAGAAUAACAAAUUCUAUCUUGCUACUGUUGCCUCCUGAUGUUAGGAAGUGUUAUAUAUUGUUUGGGUCAGCCUCGGUUGUUUGUAACCUAGCAUUAUGCAGUGCUGGCAAACCUAUUGGUUAUCCUGUAAGUGUGGUGCUACAGUUCUUGUUGACAUUGAUAACGACUGCAGCGUAGUUCAUAUCAGGUUCUUCAAGGUGAAGGAUCUUGGUUUGUAAUCGUGUAGAUCAAAUCAAAUCCUCUUGAUUCAUUGAGAUGGAAACUUGAUCCUGUCUUA